UUGAUGCCAGUGCCCACGUGUUCUCCAGUGUGUGCCAAAAUGGAGCACAGCAGUCGAUCCAGACUGUAGUGGAUGGCAGUUUGCAAGGGCCUGUUGAAGGUGCGCGGUCCGGACAGCACAGCAGAGGUCUGUCUGCCAGGCAGUAAGCGCUGUUGAACAAAUUGGGGCGUGGGUCUGUGUACACAUUUGUAGGAGUGGCAUCACUUACUUUAUUGUACAUGGCAUAAGAAGCUGAAAUUCAUUUGCCAGUGGCUUUUUGGUGAAAGGCCUAGAACUGAUGCAGACCACGCCUCCGUGGCAUUGUGCAAUAGACCCAGAUGGGCUCAGGGCCUGUCUGCACUUAGGUCUAUUCAGUAAACACUGAGGAAUAGCCAUGGGGCCCUCUGAGAAACUGGCCAAGGCUGGGUCGUAUGUCAUUCAUGCUGAAGCUGUUUCAAAAUCUCAGAUUCUGCACUUGGGGUGGGAGGAAAGAUGUUGGCGUGCUUAUUUCUUUGAGGAGGUUAUUUUACUUGUAAUAUUUGGCCUUGCAAAGAGUUUAGAAAUGUGUGCCAGGGAUUAGAGUGGGAUGACCUUGAAGGGGAGAGGGCACAAGGGGUUAGAUGAGUUAAUUGUAAUAGGCAGCAUUUUUGUGUAUUUAAAGUGUUCCACCGUUAUCUCCUGAUCUUUUUGCACACAAAAAUUGCAUAAGCUUUUGGGAUCUCCAAAUCUCUUAAUCAGGCAGGACGUUGCGAAAAGUAGAUGUGUCUGUUUGUGUGUGGAGGUGGCAGGGGAAGGAAUAUGGAAAGAAAAAGAAAAAAAGAAAAAUGUUAGCAUCUGACUUGAUGGUGAAUCCAGGGUAACCGUGCAUUCAGAGUCCUAAGAUUAAGUAGGAGGGGAAGUAUCUGCAGAUACGUAAUAAGGUCAUGUGAUGGUGGCAGGCUGGACCUGCAGCUGGCUUUAGGUUUGCUGUGGGAACCAGAAAAGGGCUAGGGUUAUAUAGGGUUAGGAUUGUAUAUAUUCCCAGCUUGGUGAAUAUAGUCAGUCUGUGUAUUAACGGAGCUGUAGAUAAUUUUCAAUGCAGUACUAAGAACAAAGAAUAUUACUUCAGAUCUAGUUUAAAGAAGAUCAUUCGGAUGAAACAUUUUUCAGUUCCUAUGCCUUCAUGUUUGGAAUAGAUGAGAGAAAAGGUUGAAACUUAAAUAUAAUAGUAAAACCUUGUGGAGGGAUGAUUAAUAAGUCUCCUGCAGGCUGCCUGGCCUUCGAAGGCUACAUUCCUGCAUUCCAUGAUUGAGCAAUGCACUGCCAAAAUUGUGCACACCAAAAUGGUAAAAUAUAUAUUUUCCUGUAAAUAAAAGGGUGCUUGGAGGGAAGUGACUGGGGCUAUAGGACAACCUGUUUCCUGGACAACCUGAUUCUCACAUGAUGCAUGCAUGGUUGAACUUGGUGAACCAUAUCCCUGCUUCUGAAAACUACCUCAACAAGAUGGGCAAGGAUCAGAGAAAGCACCUUUUAAACGGAUCCUUUGCUUAGGCUAGGAUGUUAAAAACCUAGACCUCUCCAUUGUUUUCUGGUAGGCAACACUUAUCUCUACCCAGGGGAAAAGCAAAAUAGCUUCAAUAGGAAUCAGAAAGUUCCAUCUCCAGACAGUUGAAUUGUUCCUAUGUUUUCCUAUUUCUGUAUUUACUUUAGUAUAGAACUUAGAAGGCAUUUCUGCUUCCCACACAUUAGUAAUAACCAUGGGGCUCAACUUUGGUCUGAGAAAGAGCCAUAACUUCAUCAGGGCCUGAAGAUUUUUCAUUGUAUCUUUGGAUAUACAACAUCUACAGCAAGGAUACUGAAUCUUAAGAAAAUCUGGCCCAACUUUCCCUCUGGCCAUGUCCCUUUCCCCAGGCCGAGCAAUUUUCCUCCAAACACCAGUUGCUUGAUGGUUUUCCCAUUUUUGGGUAGUUUUUUCUUCAUUCUGAAGACAUAGUACUGUCCAUUCCGGUUUCCCCAAGCCACUCACUUGUGGCCCUUCAGAUGGUUUGUCCUACAGUUCCCAUAAGCCCUAGUCAGCAUAUCCAGGGGUAAGGAGUGAUGGGAGCUGUAGGCCAAAACAUCUGGAGAGCUAUGAAUUGGUCGUCACUGAAUGGAGUUCCUCUAGGCAUAGAAAGGAGAAGCUGGCCACCUGCCUUACGGAUCAUGCGUCUCCUCUGUGGUAGGGAAACUAAGAAAAGUGCACAUUAGCUAGUUUCUUGCUCAAGAGUUUCAUGUUUAUAUGCUGAACCAGAUAUUUGUCUAGUUAUUUGGGAACAGAUGUCUCUCAAGCCUUGUAACAUCUCAUCUUUCCCCAUUUCUCCCCCCACCCCCCACAUCUUUUUAAAAAGAUGUGUUGUUUGUGUUAACUCGGCAGACUUGCAGCAUCUGGUUCUCAAGGCCGAAUGUACUCGAUUGUCGUGGCCAACCUUAAUACCCUUUGUGACUUGUGUAGCUAGUUUUCAUCGUUCCCUAUUUUGUAUUUCUGGUGACAACAAGUUAAGAUCCACAAGAGUCAAAUUCCACUUGUUUGGCUUUGCAGAACCAGUGCUAGUUUAUAGGCUGCUAUUUCUGGGAUUGAUUUGAAAAGGCUGUUGCGGUUUGGCAUGUUUGGGGGCAGUGGCUUUGGAAAAUGUAGAUCGAGAUCAUUGUUGUUUUUAAUAUUAUGAGCAGUUCUUGUGAGCUAAGGCAUGGGUGAAUUUCUUUUGCUGUAUUUAUAUGUCCUCUUGUUUGAUCUUGCGUAGGAGUGACUUGUGAUCUUCCAAGCUGAGCACAGCUUACCGGCCAGAUGCCUGACAACCUUUCAUCUCUCCUCGAAAACUUCUUCCAGUUUUUGCAAAUGGCAGCAAAAGAGGUCUGCUGGAAUCCCAACAGGCCGCCUUGCCUCACGCGCACGCUGCAUUUAGUGUGGUGGCUGAAUCCUUUAUUUGCUACUGGCCAUAAACGGAAACUAGAAGAAGAUGAUAUGUAUAAAGUGCUUACGGAAGAUUCCUCGAAAGUGCUUGGAGAGGAAUUGCAAUCGCACUGGGACAAUGAGGUGCAAAAGGCUAAAAAAGAAGCAAGGACGCCCCACUUAACAAAAGCAAUUAUACUUUGUUACUGGAAAUCAUAUUUAGCUUUGGGGUUUUUCACACUGAUUGAGGAAACACUCAAAGUCAUUCAGCCAAUAUUUCUGGGAAUGAUCAUUAGAUACUUUGAAAACGUUGGCUCCGUGGAUGAAAAUGCAUUGAAUUAUGCCUACGCCUCUGCAGCAGCCUUGUCUGUGUGUACCCUGAUUUUGGCCGUCACCCAUCACUUGUAUUUUUAUCAUGUACAAUGCGCUGGCAUGAGGCUGAGAAUAGCAAUGUGCCAUAUGAUUUACCGCAAGGCACUUCGUCUAAGUAAUACAGCUAUGGGAAAAACAACAACAGGUCAAAUUGUAAAUCUUUUAUCAAAUGACGUAAAUAAAUUUGAUCAGGUGACUAUUUUCCUGCAUUUCCUGUGGGCUGGACCCCUUCAAGCGAUCGCUGUAAUGGCACUCCUUUGGCAUGAGAUUGGCCCGUCGUGCCUUGCAGGAAUGGCCGUUCUAAUUAUCCUGCUCCUGUUGCAAACCUGUCUCGGGAGGCUGUUCUCAGCACUGAGGAGCAAGACAGCAGCCUUUACAGAUGUGAGAAUUCGAACCAUGAAUGAAGUCAUAGCUGGAAUGCGGAUAAUAAAGAUGUAUGCCUGGGAAAAACCAUUUGCUAAUCUGGUGGACAGCAUGAGAAGGAAGGAGAUUUCCAUGGUUCUAAAGAGUUCUUACCUUCGGGGAUUUAACUUGGCAUCUUUCUUCGUUGCCAGCAAAAUAACGGUGUUCAUGACAUUCAUGACCUACGUAUUACUUGGCAAUGUUAUAUCCGCAAGCCGAGUGUUCGUUGCCAUUUCGCUGUAUGGCGCAGUGAGGCUGACGGUCACUCUCUUCUUCCCAGCAGCUGUUGAGAAAGUUUCUGAAGCUCUGGUCAGCGUUCGCCGAAUCAAGAACUUUUUGAUCCUUGAUGAGAUUUCUCAGCUUGGUCCGCAGCUCAAAAAUAACAGUGAGAACCUUCUUCUUCAUGCACAAGACCUGACAUGCUCCUGGUCCAAGACUCUGGACUCGCAGACUCUUCAAAACAUUUCAUUUACUGUCAGACCAGGAGAAUUACUGAUUGUGAUUGGUCCUGUGGGAGCAGGAAAGUCUUCCCUCUUAAGUGCUAUCCUUGGUGAACUCUCUCCAAACAAAGGCUUCAUAGAUGUUCGAGGAAGAAUAGCCUAUGUUUCUCAGCAACCAUGGGUGUUUUCUGGCACUGUAAGAAAUAACAUAUUAUUUGGGAAAGAAUAUCACAAAGAAAAAUAUGAAAAGGUUCUAAGAGCCUGUGCUCUUAAAAAAGAUAUGGAGCUGCUGAAAGAUGGAGACUUGACAAUGAUUGGAGACAGAGGAGCUACCCUGAGUGGAGGGCAGAAAGCUAGAGUUAAUCUUGCCAGAGCUGUGUAUCAAGAUGCAGACAUCUAUCUCCUGGAUGAUCCAUUGAGUGCGGUGGAUGCGGAAGUUAGCCGGCAUCUGUUUGAAAAGUGUAUCUGUCAGGCUUUGCAUAAAAAGCUGUGCAUCUUAGUGACCCACCAGCUGCAGUAUUUACAGGCUGCAAACCAGAUCUUAAUUUUAAAGGAGGGUAAGGAGGUAGGGAAAGGUACCUACUCAGACUUCCUGAGAUCUGGAAUAGAUUUUGCUUCCUUAUUGAACAAACCCGAGGAUGAUGACCAGCUACCUGUUCCAGGAACUCCCAGUCACCAACUAUCUAGGAUCCGCACAUUUUCUCAGUCCUCGAUGUGGUCGAUGGAGUCUUCGGUUCAGUCGCAGAAAGAUGGUGCUGCAGAGCCUCCCCCUAUGGAACCUGUCCUAACUGCAUUGCCAGAAGAAACCCGUUCAGAGGGGAAAAUAGGAUUUAGCAUUUAUAAGAAGUAUUUUGCUGCUGGGGCAAAUUAUUUUAUAAUUUUUAUACUAUUCUUUCUCAGUGUUUUGGCACAGGUUGCCUAUGUGCUUCAGGACUGGUGGCUUUCUUACUGGGCUGAUGAGCAAAUGAAGCUGAAUGUCACUGCAGAGGGAAAUACGGAGAAGAAUGUGACGGAGGCUCUUGACCUGGACUGGUAUUUAGGAAUGUAUGCAGGUUUAACUGUGGCUGCAAUACUAUUCAGCCUACUGAGAAGUUUACUGAUAUUUCACGUUCUGGUUAAUGCUUCUCAGAAUUUGCACAACAACAUGUUUCAGUCAAUUUUGAAGGCUCCAGUGGUGUUUUUUGACACAAAUCCUAUAGGAAGAAUUCUGAAUCGUUUCACCAAAGAUAUUGGCCACUUGGAUGACUUACUUCCAUUAACAUUUCUGGACUUGAUGCAGCUCGAAGCCCUGUGUUCUCUCACUUGUCGUCAUCUCUUCAGGGACUUUGGACUAUUCGUGCUUUUAAAGCAGAGCAAAGAUUCCAAGAAUUAUUUGAUGCUCAUCAAGAUCUUCACACAGAGGCCUGGUUCUUAUUUCUGACUACGUCUCGGUGGUUUGCUGUACGCCUGGAUGCCAUCUGCGCCAUCUUUGUGGUGGCGGUCGCCUUUGGCACAUUGCUUCUUGCCCGGAGUGAGUAUAUUUGUGAGGAGUGAUUUCCAUUGCUUUACAUAAUUUAUAUUACUUUUACUGUUUUUGUUUCUUUCAAAUAUUUAACAUGGAGUAAUCAUACCAAUUUAACAUACAGAGUUCCUGAAAACCUUCACAAUAUUAAUUAUGCAUAUGAGAGGCACAAUUUUUCAUGACAGACAAAAUGCAAGAAGUCAAAUGGCUUCCUGAAAACCAUUCUUCCGGUUUGCUGCAAACAAAAUCUACUCACUUUUUCAAAAAGUCUCUGUUUUAACUUAUCUUUGGUUUCUUAAUAUGCCAUGUCUUUAAAUGUCAUUCAGAACUAGCAUUUUUAUUUUCCAAUGUACAUACUUAGCUGCUUUUAAUAAUUUAAUUUGGGUUAAAGGUUUCUAAGUCAAAUCUAAGAUUGCUAAAUUCUUCCAAUAACGAAGUAUAGCCACUUUGAGAUCUACUGCUUGCUAAAGAGUGGCUUAUAAUUCUGCAGCUAUUCCAAUUACCUGCUAGCAAAAUCUGUUGAUAACUGGAAAUGUAUGGGGUGUGUGUGGGGGGAAACAGCUCAGCAAGUUGUACAGAACAUCACCAACUCACUUCAAGUUCGGUUCCAAAUAUUAAGGAUAGCCUAUGAGUGGUACUGUGCUACUCAUAAUGAAAAUGGUAAAAAUGUUUCUUUCGGUCAACUGAAAUCAGCCUAUAUGGAAAAUUUUUCCAAAUCCACCCCAGUGUGUUAGGUUGACCUAUAGCUUUCAUUUCUCAUAUUUAAUGAUGUAUAAUACAUGUUACUAAUAAGACCAUGGGGGUGGGUUACACCCUUUGUUAUUCUGAUUCAAACAUUUGUCUCAGGUCUCCUUAUUUCCUAAUGCAACACUCUUCAGUUGAAGUGUGUUGCAUUAGGGAAAUGGAACAGUGGGGUAGGGUUGCGUUUGUGUAUUUAAUAGUUCACCUAAUACCUUCUAAAAUAUUAAUAAAUAUAUACACAGCUAAGACCAUUCCAGAAUGCACGCCAGUGGAGGUAUCACCCAGCUGAUGUCUUACUGCAGUAACUUGUUCAUUGCACAAAACAAAAGUCAAAACACAAUUUAGGAGAACAAUCCUAGGACCUUAGACAUUAGCUGAAGGAUCAUAUGAUAGUCGGAAUACUGCUGUCUCUUACCUUGGAGCUGGGAUUGUGUGCUCUGCCCCCUUGACCACCUCCUCAGGACUGAUGUGGAAAAAACCAUGCUGAUGGGUUUGUGCCCUAAUUUUAAACCAUAUUUCAAAAAUAGAUCGAUCUGGCUGAAUGUUACAAACUUCGGAUCUCAUGGAUUGUGCCUUAUUGCUCAUUCAGCUCAAAUAAAUUAUGAUAUAGCAUCUUCUGUUCAGCCCCAAAAUCUAUUCCUGGAGAAAACCAAAACACAAUACCAUGUGCUAAUCUUUGGGGUUUUCCAUUCAAACAAAUCUUGAGCUAAGUCUUUGCAAAAAAUUUAAGUUAGGAACAUCAACUAUCAAGGAAUAUCCGUAGAUAAAUAUAAAAUACUAGGUAAAAAUAUUGUAGUAGUUCUGCCCAUCAGGGAUUUAGCUGACAAAGUUCAGCUUGCUCCCUAUGCUUUUCAAAAUAUGCCAUGGUUUGUCUUGACAGUAUUAAUUAGAUUGUUAUCUAACUGUGUGGCUGUUGUACUGUAGCUUUGCACAGAAUUUUCGUGAGAAAAAAAUCUCUUUUGUAUCAACAUACAUAUUAAACCAUAAUUGCUGAUUUACUGAAUUUAUGACUUGAAAGUUGCUACAUACAUUCCAGAAAGAUUUACAUUCUUUAUAUAACUCCAGACAGUUGGCGUUCUAACCAUACCUCAUCAGAACCCCUAUUUUUUCACUGAGAUAAGCAACAGUGGAGACGAGACAUCUCUGCCUGCUUUCUUUUCCUUAGCCCAAAAUGCUGGAAAAGUCACCACUGGAAAUCUGCAUGCUUCGAUUUCUUAAAAAGAUAUACAUAAGCUAUACAACUGAAUAAUGAAAAUAGAUACCCCUACUGAAUUCUGUCUAAUAAUGCCUUAAAAUCCUAAAAUUAGAAGUUAAUUAUUGACUAGAAUCAGUGAUUAUAUUCAUGAUGCUACUGAUUCUCCUGACUUUUAUGAGAAAUGAGAAUUUUAAUUUUAUAUAGAAAUUGUGCGAUCAUCUAAAGGUUUGACUCACCUGAUUUAUAAUGUUUUUUAUAGAAUUUCUUACAUUCAUCAGCAAACAUACCUCCAUUAUACAAAACUGGUGUUAUUGACACUUCUUUGUCUUCUUUGGCUAAUAAUUGUGUAAACACAUUUGAUGUUUUAUUACCUAGUUUCAAUUCCUUCUGUCUUGUUGAUCCAGAAACAAGCCAGGGUUCCUGGUUUGCACAUUAUACAAGCCUAGGUUCAGACAACUUGAGAACCUACCCUCAGAGACUGAGUGUGUUACUAGUUGUUGAACUGCUGUUGAAAUGUGGGUUACCACGUUGUCUGAAAGCAGGAAAUAAGCCCUGGCUGGUUAACUGCAAACAACUCAUGAAGAGAGCUCAUGGUUGUUGGGUUGUGAACUGUGGGUUGUUUUCCAUCAUUUGCUACCGCAGUAGAGUUCAGACAAAAUGAUAACUAAUGGUUCAGCAAUUAUCAUUAUCCACGGUUCAGUGAUAACCCACACUCACCUUUGAGUGUUGGUAACUGCAUUUUCUUAACCCAGUCUAAAUAAACUAUAGACAGAAGAUUCAGGGAUUGUUCAUGUUUCAGUAGGCAUAGCUGUUGCAUUAACAAUUAAUUCAGGAUGUAGAAAAAUGCUGAGUUAUUGCAGUGUUAGAACCAGGGCUGUCCAAAUGCUAGACAUAAUUGCAUCCUUUAUUAUUAAUGCAAAGAAAUUUACUAAUGUAUCUACAGUUAUUUCUGAUUAUAGUAUACCUACCAAAUCCCAGUUCCUAAUUCCACUGUGGUAGUUUUGUUGAAGGCCAAGAAUUCUUCUAAAAACAGCUCAUAAAUCCUACUAAAUCAUUUUUCCCAGUGAUUCAGCAUAGAGUUCAGACUUGUCAUUUAUUGUGGAUUUCCUCCAUCUGAUCCUCUAAGCUUUCUGCCCCGUGUUAUAAUUAGCAAACUGCCUUUCUUAGUUCAAGGAUUUCCUUAUGUGCUUGUUUUAAAUUAUCCUGUAACUUAACUUAGUCUCUUUUCAAGAUUCAUUUCUUUUUCCUGCUCUCUCCUUGCCAUAUUUCAACCCUAGAUUUUUCUCUCAAGAAUAUUACGAAGCUUAGUAUCCAAUUAUUUGUCCCUCUUACCCAGAUAAGAUUCUAAGUCUCUUUCUCUAAUUUGAUUCCAAUUUUUUAUCUCUUUCUUUUAACUUCCAAGCUAAUCUUUAUUCUUAAUUCUUAAGGUCUUUAAAGAGCAAGUUGUUAAAGAAUCCACCAACAAUAUAAGAUCCAACCCGUCUUUCUCUUCCUUUAAGACCUGGAUUUUUAGUUGCUUCGUACACAUCCUAGUCAAGUACAAGGAAAUGUUUCCUUAAGAAUAUAAGUCCAUAACUAUUUAGUUCCUAGUGCAUCAUUUUUUGGGAAAUCAUCAAAAGAUAAAUACAUAGCUGUCAGUAAAAAUGUAAAGGGAGUAAUAAGAAUUAAAGAAUAAUAAAAAAAUCCAUAGGAGAGCAAGCCAGCUAAUUUUAACUUCUCCCAAUCACAAAAAAUGAGGUGAUUAAAGCUAGCAUUGUAAAAAAUCUGGAAACUCCAUUAAUUGCUUCUGAUAAUUCAUUAACUAAUUAUAUCCAGAACAGUUAAAUGUAUACAAUAGUUAAACUUUCCCUCUUAAAUAUUCCCCAAAUGCUUAAAGGACUCAGCACUCUCAGGCACUUCUGUUUAUAAAUAGUUAUUUCUUUCCACAUCUCAUGAUAUAUCAAUAGCAUGUAUUCUUCUUGGAGAUAUACCACAAAAGGUUUACUAGAUAUUCCUUACAGCUCCAAGCACAUCACCUAGCCACCCAUCUUACUCUUACAAGGAUACAAAUUUGAUCCUUGUCACCUCAUGUCUGGCAAAAAAUUCUGCUAUGUUCAAACCGCAAGACGAGGUCCAUUAGCGGCAUGAUUUUUCUUGCUAGUUGGGUGGAGCAGAGAGCAGCAGCAGGAGUAGAUAUUGAUGUGUCUCCUUGCCGAUCCCUCCACUCCAUGUCCUAACACGAUCUUCCAGCUUUGGUUCUGUUCUUCAUUGGGUAGAAUUUUCCCCUGAUGGCAUGUCUGGCAAACCUCAGGACAAAAGAUCCAUUAGCUGCGGGUGGGUGGAGUAGAAAGCUUCACAGACUAAUGAACCUAGUCCUACAUGACUCUCAAGUACCGUGCGAAGGUGCACAAGCAAUUGAUCGCUCUGAGAGCCCUUCCCAAUAUACCUGGGAAGCAAGAGAAGUAGCGGCUUUUUAAAGUAGAUUCGGAACUAUGUAAAAAAAUGACAUCCUCUCCCUUAUAUACCAAGUCCAACAACUGAAUGAAUUAUUUUGUGGUCACAAGUCUUCGGUAAUUUUGCAUACUUAUUUCAAAAUGUUGUUGCUUUUGUUCUACGUACUUAUGGCACUUGCAUGCUGUCCCAUGGCCCAGGGGCUCUCUGGUCGGCUACAAAAAAGCAUCAAUGAUAUAAAGAAUAUAUAGAGCAUAUUAAAAGCUAAUAUACCCAAACAUCGUAAAAACUAAUAAUAAGAAUAGGAAACAAGAGAAAAUGUGCAUGGCAAAUAAAAGCAAACUGUAAGAAGGACUAAUAAAACCAUUGUUGCUAGUCACGAAGUCGUGUCCGACCCAUCGCAACCCCAUGGACAACAGUCCUCCAGGCCUUCCUGUCUUCCACCAUCCCCCAUAGAUUAUGCUCAGUGCUUUUUCUGUAAAAA